CCUUUGCCAUCGCCCAGUCGCCCCUCACCACCGUCCGCCGGCUCCGGCCAGUUCUCUCAGGUCCUUACACACACUCUCACUCACUCAGUCACUCUCUCAAUCAGGGAAUGGAUCUUGAGGAAUUUAGGGCGAUUUUAUCGAAUUCAGGGGUGGAUGUUUGGGAAAUCAUGGAUGCGGCCAUAAGCGUAGCUUCAACAGAUUAUGCCAGAGAGCUUAAGCAUCGUAGGGAUGGAAUUGUAGAGCGGCUAUACACGCAGCAGUGCAGCAAUUGUGACCUUAAUCUAAAUGAGGAGCAGCCAAAUGGUGUAGUUCAGACUAUUACAAAGGAGGUAGAUGAUGACUGCAUAGGAGGAGGUGAUUCGCCUUUAACUCCGCAGUCGGUUCCCCAAGACGAUGAAGAUGAAGAUCACGAUCCGUACGGAGGGUUGUUUGACGAUGAGCAGACUAAAAUUCUUAGAAUCAAAGAACAGCUUGAAGAUCGACACCAGACUGAGGAUGCUGUUAUUGAGUUGCUUCAAACCCUUGCUGAUAUGGAUCUAACUUUCACUGGUCUUAAGGAAACUGAUAUAGGAAGGCAUGUUAAUCGACUUCGAAAGCAUCCAUCAAAUGAAGUAAAAAGACUGGUGAAGCAUCUGGUGAGCAAAUGGAAAGAUUUGGUGGAUGAAUGGGUUGGGUCGAAGUCGAGCCAUGGUGACCUUGCACCAGCUACUCUGACAGAUGGGGAUUCACCUGUGGUGCACAAUGUACCAAGGAGUGGCCAAAGUGGUAAUCACCAGGGGCCUGAUUUCGGCUACUCUCCUAACCCACACAAUGGGAGUUCUGGUUCUGAAAGGAAAAAUUCUGAACCAGAGCAGAGGCCGAAAGCAGUUGUUCCUAAGAAAGCAGCAACAUCUUCAAGACCAGCGCCCCAGUCUCAGUCCCGUCCCGCCAUGGUUGCUUCUGCUUCUGCUCCUCCCCCAAAUCGAUCACACAAGGAGCAAAACAUCGACCCUGAGAGGCUGGCUUCAGCCAGGAAGCGGCUUCAGGAGAACUACCAGGAAGCCCAAAAUGCGAAAAAGCAAAGGACAAUACAAGUGAUGGACAUUCAUGAGAUACCCAAGCCCAAGAAUGGUUUCAUUUCCAAGAAUAAAGGCAAUUUUCAGGGGAGGCACCAUAGAUGAUGGAUGAUGGAUGAUGUUUCCUUUUCACUCAAACUCAGAAACAUGUUAAUGGCGAUGUCUGCAGGAGUUUCCAUUUCGUGUCGUUGAUUCCGAAGAAGAUAUCUUGAAACCAUUGCGACACGAGCUUAUUCAGGUAGGUCAUGUAAUAUGCCUGAAGUUAUCUUUUUAACGGUUUCGCUUUCUUCAGUCAUUGUGACUUUCCAAGAGUUGGUUUCGCUUUCUUCAGUCGUUGUGACUUUCCAAGAGUUGGUUUAUCAAGUAGUUCAAACCCAUCAUUUUUAUUUGUUUUCAAAUAGAAUACGUUAUAAUAUAUUUGCACAUUGGAUUUCAUUAUAUAAUGUUAAUGGGCAAAUACAAGGGUC